AUGAGGCCACCUACGAGCGACCCCUCCGCCGGUGCCGGCCCCGCGGCGCCGCGGCUCUCCUUCUACGAGCAGGUCCUGCAGGAGAUGGAGCAGGGCCCGCGGCCGAACCGCAUCGGGUUCUACGAUCUCGAGCAGAAGAUCGGCGAGGGCAACUUCGCCAAGGUCCGCCUGGCCAGGCACAUCCUCACCGGGGCCAAGGUGGCCAUCAAGAUCGUCGACAAGAGCAAGCUUGUUCCCGGCUCGCUGGAGAAGCUCUCGCGCGAAGUGAAGUUCAUGAAGGUUCUCAACCACCCGCACAUCUGCCGCCUCUAUGAUGUGAUCGACACCCCCACCGAGUACUACAUGGUCAUGGAGCUGGCCGGCGGCGGUGAGCUCUUCGACUACCUGGUGGCCCACGGGAGAAUGCGCGAGCGUGAUGCUCGGAGGUAUUUCCGCCAGAUCCUCUCGGCCGUGGACUACUGCCACUACCACAAGAUUAUCCACCGCGAUCUCAAGGCCGAGAACUUGCUCCUCGACCUGGAGCUCCACGCCAAGAUCGCGGACUUCGGCUUCUCCAACCAGUUCAGCCCCGACUCGCACCUGACCACCUGCUGCGGCUCGCCGCCCUACGCCGCGCCGGAGCUCUUCCAGGGCAAGCAGUACGUCGGCCCGGAGAUCGACAUCUGGUCCCUCGGUGUGGUCCUCUAUGUGCUCAUCUGCGGCGCGCUCCCCUUCGACGGGGCGUCGCUGACCAUCCUCCGGCAGCGGGUGCUCGAGGGCCAAUUCAAGAUCCCCCUCUACAUGAGCCCGAAUUGCGAGCGCCUCAUCCGGCGGAUGCUGGUCAUCGACCCGAGCAAGCGCAUCACCAUGGAGCAGCUGAAGCGCCAUGUGUGGGUGAAUGAGGGGUACGAGUCGCCGCUGCCGCCGGCCCCGGAGACCGAGGUCCGCGUCACCCCGGAGCAGCAUGCCAAGGUGAUCGCCCGCAUGGCGGCCCUCGGGUUCCCCGGCACGGCGGCCGAAAUUGAGGCCUCCGUUUCGGCCAGCUAUUCCCAUGCGUCGGUGACGUACGCCCUGCUGAGCGACAUGCUGGUGGACCGGGCCACGGUCGAGGGUGUCGAGGCUCUGGGCAACCCGAAGUCCAUGACCUCGAUUGCCUCGGCGCCGGAUGGGUCGCUGCCGAACUACACCGGGGCCAGCGCGGCGGCGGCCGCCAAGCCGCCCAAGCCGAUCGUCGCCCCGCCGGCGGCCGACACCCCGCCGCCGGUGAGCCCCUCGCCGGCGGCCACAGCGGCGGCCGUGGCCGCCGUGGCGGCCAUCGCCUCGCCCACCAGCCCGGAAACCAUCACCCCGCCGGCGAGCAAGCCCUCGAGCGUGGCCGCGUCGCCGGAGCAAGCGCCCCUGCCCUCGAGCCCAUCGACCGGGGCCGCGCCGCCGGGUGUGGCCGGUGCCGCCGCCACGCCGUCACCGGCCGAGCAGCCGGCCUCCGCCGUGUCGUCGGCCACCAUGGUUGUCACCCCGACCGAGGGGCACUUCGAGGAGUCCGACGGGCCGACGUCGACCCCGCCGCCGGCCACGGCCCCGGCAGCGGCCAGUGCCGCCGCCACAGCCGUCACCGCCGCCACAGCUGUCACCACCGCCACAACUGUCACCACCGCCACGGCGGCCACCGGCGCCACCGGCGGCGGCGCGGCGCUUUACGCCGGUGGCGUGGCGGACAGCCGGCCCGCCUCGGAGGCUGGCUCGGCGUCGUCCGCAUCGCCCGGCGCCCCGCCGGAGCAUCAGCCCGCCGGGAAUGGGGCCAAGCCCGAUGCGGCGCCGGGCCCCGUCGCGGCCUCCCCGCGCGGCCUGCGCAUCGACACCUCGCCCAACCGGCCGAACGGGCUGUCUGUGCAGGUGUCCGGCGGCGUCGGCGGCCAGGCGGCCGCGGUGGCCGCCGGCGAUGCUCCAACGUCGGUGCCCCCCUCGCCGACGAUCGAGCGGUUCUUCGCGCGGUCUCGGGGGGCCGCGCCGCCGGCCGGCCGGCCGGCCAUGCGGCCAGUGUCCAUCGCAGCGCCGCCCUCCGGGCCGUACGACGCGGGGAUCCCCUAUGACCCGGACUUUGCCCCCUCGCCGCUGAUGCCCACGUCGCCGGUGGUCGAGGCGGCGGCGCACUUCUCCCAGGCGUCGGCCGCCUCGGCCGCGGCCCAGGCCGAAGCCUCCAAGAAGGCCAGCACCCGGCGCAGUCGCCGGCACACGCACUCCAGCAACCAGGUGGUCGUGCAGCUGGAGUCCCUCCGCCGGGAUCUCAUGCGGCGGAGCCCCAGCUCCUCGUCUUCCAACUCGACCGACGGCGCGGUCGGGGCCACGACGGCCCCCUCCUCGCCGACGACCACCGAGUCGGAGCUGGCCGCGCUGGCGGUCACCUGCGACACGACCAUGGCCGCGCGGCAGCUGGCCUCCACCGUGGCCAUCCCCCCGCCGCCGGCCUACUCGCCGUCGAGCCCGACCACGCACCUGCCGCAGCAGCCGGCCGCCGACGCGGCGCAGCAGCCGGCCGCGGCCAAGCCCGCGCGCAAGGGCCGCGGCCGGUCCAUGACCCUGAGCUCGCUCGGGGGCUCGCCCUUCGGCCACCUGGCCAGCAAGAUCACCAACCUCGGCAGCAACAGCAGCGGCAAGUCCAGCACCCCGCCGACGCCGACCAGCACCACCCCGCCCCUGGGCCCGGGGGCCGGGGUGGCUGGGCCCGGGGGCCCGGUGGUCCCGGCCCAGCCAUCGGUGUCGAUCCCCCCCCCGGCGUCGGGGGCCGGCUCGCGCUCGGCCAACACCAGCCAGGUGGACAUGCUGGUCAUGGGCGGCGACCCCCAUGGGACUGGGGUUUGCCAGUCGGCCCCGAGCACCCCCCGUGGCGGACUAGCCCCCAUCCUGACGACGUCCGGCUCGGCGUCGCUGCACGUGUCCACCAGCAGCGCGUCGGUGUCGUCCCCGGGCGGGGCCGAUGCCGGGCCCGGGCCCGGGCCCGGGCCCGGGGCCGGGGCCGACGGCCAGCCGGUCGGCGGCUCGCGCUUCACCAUCGCCAACUGGCGCCUGCGCCGGCGCCUGCGGUCGGAGUCGGUGUCGGCACGCGAGUCGCCCCUGGCCUCGCCCAAGUCCGCCACCGGUGUGGCCCCGCCGAGCCCCAUGCACCUGACCGCCACGCCGCCUGGCAGCCAGUUCACCGUGGCCGAGCCGGGGGCCGUGCCGCCCUCGCCCUCGAUCUCCGGGGCUCCUGGCCCCGGGCCCAUGGUCCAUGGCGGUGGUCCGCCCACCACCCCGGCCGGCUCUUCGUCGGCCACCUCGUCGACCGCCUCGUCGACCGCCUCGUCCAAGGUGUCCCUGCAGGAGGGGUCGAGCACGUCGCUGUCGUCGACGCCGGUGGCCGCGACCGCCGGCGCUCCUGGUGCCGGUGUGGCCGCGGCGGCCGCCACCCCGACGGCGGCCCCGGCGCCCGAGGUGGCUCCUUCCCCGCGGUCGCUGCGGUUCUACUUCUCGCUGGCUACCACCUCCUCGCGCCAUGUGUCGGAGGUGGUGCGCGAGGUGGAGCGCGCCCUGCAAAACCGCAACGCUCAGUACGAGCGCCAUCUCUUCACAUUCCAUGUCAACCACCAGGGUGUCGAGUUCGAGGUCGAGGUGUGCAAGCUCCCCGGCCUGUCCCUCCACGGCCUCCGCUGCAAGCGUGUCUCCGGCGACUCGUGGCAGUACAAGAAGACCUACUCCGCCCUCUUGGCCGACAUGCAGCUCUGA